AGAAAACUGUUUUUAUCUGACACAUGAUUGACAGCUUGGGGGUGUGUGACUGGAACCACCCUAAUUUGGGUUGUUUAUAAAACCCAUUACAUUCAACAGAUCUUCAGAGCAGCUCAGUGAUUCAUCUCCAGCAUCGAUCUCAUUGUGCAGAACCAUGAGCAGAAACUUCUUGUCCAUGAAUGAGGAGCUCCACAAGGGAGACUUUCUGAUGUCCAACAAUAGAGAGUACAAGGCCAUUUUUCAGGACGAUGGGAACUUUGUGGUGUACACCUGGAAACCUGUGUGGGCAUCGAACACUUGUGGUGUUAGAGGAGCCCAACGGCUGAUCAUGCAAACCGACUGCAACCUGGUCAUGUACACCCAGGAAAGCAAAGCCGUGUGGGCCACCAACACCGAUAGGAACGAUGCCAAAGUGUGCCGUCUGACUCUGACCAAUGACGGCUUUCUGCAGGUGGAGAAUGAUGGCGCUGUGGUGUGGAAGUCUUAGAAGAGUAAUUAAAAGCAGUAACAACCGUGUCUCAGAAAUCUCUAUAUCUGUCAAGAAAGUUAAAAAUGAUCAAUAAAGAGAAUCAGCACAA